UUAUGGUUAUUAGUAUAUCUGAAUUAGUGUUGUAUUUUUUAUUGUUAUAGAAUUUCAGAAAUUACCUUUUAUGUAUCGAAGUUCUACAGAAACAUUUAUUUUUUACUCUACCAAGAAAUGCAAAUGACGUCACGAUGUAAACAAAUCAUGAGGUUUGACUGCAAGUAGUGGGGAUAAUUUAAUCAUUUUAACUCAGUAGCACUAUAAUCUACGUAAUAUUUAAAAGAAAAUGAUAGUUGAGCUUAGGAGUUCUAACUUCUGACAGGUUUAUAAUUUCUCAUUAUUUUUGUUACGGAGAAGCUGACGAUUUUUGUAAGUGAAAUAUUUUUUAAAAAUCGUGGUAGGACAGAAAUACAAUGGAAAAAUUGCCGGUUAUUGAAGUUAGCGAAGAGAAUUUUGUUAGUGUUUUACCAGCUAUAAGAGAUGCGAUCAGCAAAGCUUCAUUUGUGGCCAUUGAUUGUGAACUCAGUGGCCUUGGACAACGGAAGAAGAUCAAUUAUCCAGAGAUAGAUUUCCGAUAUCAGUAUAUGGCUGAAGUCGCACGCACAUAUGCAGUUGUGUCCCUGGGUUUAUCUUGUUUUACCUGCAAGUCAGUGAGCAAUCUGAAAAUUGAAAAUAAAGAAGGUGGAUGUGGACAAGUCCUUAGCCAUGAUUAUCUAGUGCAGACUUUUAACUUCAUCACAUUAUGUUCUGAUGACUUCACCGUAGAAUGUAACUCAUUCAAAUUCCUUGAAAGGCAUGGCUUUGACUUCAACAAGUUAUAUGCCAAAGGACUGCAGUAUUACAAAGGAUGUGAUAAAGAGAAAGAGGAGAAUCCAAAUAUUCGUCAUGUAUUGUCAAACAUUCUAGAGCACAGAAAACCUGUUGUGGUUCACAAUGGCCUUUUAGACUUGGUAUAUCUUUAUCAAGCCUUUUAUGCAGAACUUCCCAAAAAGUCUGAAACCUUUGCAGCAGAUCUGUCAGAUAUGUUCCCAUAUGGAGUAUAUGAUACAAAGUAUAUAGCAGAGUUCCAUCAGUCUGUACCUGCAACAUAUCUGGAGUAUCUGUACACAAAAAUGCAGUUGAAGAAUGCUCACAGAGAAGUUUCAGAGAAGUGGCACGUUAGGGUAACUUUCCCCCCUUACCCAAGCAACCUGGCCAACAUAGACUGGUACCCAUACUUACAGAUCCAUUCAUAUGAUGUCAAGAAUGAUGACGAUGGCCUAGAAGUUUGUGAUACGUUUGCCUAUCAUGGAUGGUGCUCAAAAGGUAGUGAAUGUGGAAACAGUCACAAUAUAAAUAAAAUAGUCAAACAACUUCAACCUAAGGCAGCAAAGAAGAGUAGUUCAACUGGCAGAAAAUACAGUGGGCCAAAGACAGGGUCAUUGGUGCACAUCAUACAGCAGGCUGCAAGGAAAGAAGAAAUGGAGAACAACAAAAGAACAGAUGAAGGCCUCGAACCAGAAAGGAAGAAAAAUAAAAUCUCCAGUGUCAAAUCAGGAAAUAUGAGGAAUGGAAAUGAAUCAUGCCAGGAACAUAACAGUGACUCCAAAUCCAGUGGAAUAAAUAAUCAAGAUAGCAAAAAUGCAGGAAGUCAUAAAGCUGGCUACGAUGCCUUCAUGACUGGAUUCAUAUUUGCAUCAUAUAUAGCAGAGAAGGGAGUGUUAAGCACUAAAAAUAUCAGUUACACAGCUGACAGUUUAGGUCUUAGUGAGGAAUAUAAUAAGAUGUAUUUGGUUGGAAAAAACAUCCCAUUUCUGAUAAGAACUAGUGCAUAUGCAAACAUGUCUACAAAUCACAUGUCAAAAAUAGCAAAGAUCAGAAAAGACUGUACGAGAUGAAGUUAUAGUGAAGUUACAUGUGUAGUAUAUCAUUGUACUUAUUUUCAGUUUCUAUUAUUAAUAUAAGAGUGGAAGGUGAAAAAAAUGCAUGCUGAAGAAAAAACAUAUAUUCUACUAUUUUGUAGAAGAAAGUUAUGAGAAGGAUUGAUACAUAUUACCAGACUAUUUACUUUAAGUGGGGUGAAUAUGCUUCUGAUUACUGGAAGUCAGAAUUAGUUUACUUUUACCUUGAGAAUUUAGCAUGCAAUUUAUCAGAUCACCGAGAUAAGCUUUUAUAUCAAUGUGUGAUACAUAUGCCGUAUAUUAUGUUAAAUGUCUGUUGAGAAAAUUUUAAUUUUCAUGAAAAUUUUGCUUAGAACACUGAACACAGGAAAGUGGAAUGUCUGUUGAGAUAUAAUAAAUGUUGCUACUGAUGUUGCUGUGAAAAAAUAUUUAAAUGUUUAAAGGUUGCCAGUGAGUGAAGAUUGAAAGAGCAAUGGGGCAAGCACUACAGAGCAUAGCAUAGUAUUGUAUAUCACUCAGACGUCGAUUUCAUUUAACCCCUUGCCGACGGGUAUGACGUGUAGGUACGUGCUAUGCCCACUGUGAGUACUUGUUUGAUUGUUUUUACACAUAGAUGGCUACACUUGUAUUAAGUCACCAAUGAGCCAGUU